UUUUGUUUUAAUUAAAUGCAUUUCAAUAAUCACAACAGCAAGACUUCUGAUACAGAAAGUGAGGUUUAAAAAUGGAAGGAACGAGCUUUGAAAUUAGAAAGUGGUUUUAAAGUAAAAAAUCUAUUAAUUUAGGAAUUAUAAUAAUUAAUGGAUGAAACAGAUGACAUGAGAAUUAAUUUAGAGAAAAAGAUUAUGGAAAAUUAAUAAUUAGUUAUUGAGAAUAGCAGAUUAAAAGAGAGAUUGCAAAAUAUAGAUAUUCCUGAUAAAACAUUUUCUAAUAGGAUGUUUGAUGAUCAAGACAUCAAAGAAAAAGAAUUCAUAAUUUAGAGAUUGGAAUAAGAAAUACUUGAUAAAGACAAUCAAAUUUUAAAAUUUAAGAGGGAAAUAGAAUCUAUAAAUGUAUAUGAAAUUUAAAUAUUUAGAGAAGAUCAAAGUUAAAGGAAGAGGAGUUACAUCGAUAAUAUUAAGCUAAAUUAGAAGAUUUACAAAUAUUAUAUAAAAAUGAUACAAGUGAUAGCUAAUAAGAAAAAUUUCAUUUGACGAAGAAAUUGGCUGAUAUGGAAUAAGUAAUUUUAUAAUUCAAUUUUAUAGAUUUUAAAUUAUAGAACAGAAGAAAAUUAAUUGUUGGUGAAUGAAUUAAACUUAAAAAAUGAACAAAUAAUUGAAUUGAAUAAUCAUAAUAAAUUACUUGUUGAACUUAAAAAUAAAGAAUUUAAAGAUUCAUAAAUAACAUAUUAAAUAUCAACUUAACAAUAAAUUAAAUAAAUGGAAGAAGCUAUUGCAUAAUAUAAAAGAAGUUAAGAGUCAAAUUUAAGUGAGAUAGAGUAAUUAUUAUAAUUUAAACAAUAAAUUACACUUAAAAUCAAUGAUGUAAAUAUAUAUAUUUAAUUUUUUAGCUUUCAUCCACGAAUCAACAUCUAUUAAUAGAGAAUGAAAGUUUAAAAUCGACUUUAUUGUUAUUUUAGAAAUAGAAAGAUUAAGACGACUUUAUGUAUGAAGAUUAGAAAAAAAAAGAAUCUUUACAUAUUAAGAGAUACUAUGAAACAUUAUUAGAAUAAGUAGAAAAAGAAAAUAGAAGCUUAAGAUUACUAUUAGAAUAAAAAAGUAGAGAAUUAGAUGAUUUAUGGAAUUAAAGUAAAAGAUUUUGA